AUGUCAAGAAUACGAGGUGAACGGGUCUUCUGUCAUCAGUGCCAGAACGAAUGGGAUAGGGCGCACGGGGGACUCACCUGUCCGCGAUGCGAAGGAGACUUCACCGAAAUUCUUGAACCGAGCGAAGCCCUGUCAACCUACCAAUUUGGACAAGAGCCGUCUCUGCCCUCGUCGCUCGAACCGGCCUCGUCACCCCUCGGUGGCCUACAUAGCCAUAAUCCAUGGUCCGAAGACGCAGAUGACGACGAUGGAACCAAUUUUACAACGUUUGAAUUUACAACCACUGGUGGAGCUGGAAGGAUGGUUCUCAGCACCCGUUCUUGGAGGAGUGAUGGCCGCAAUGUACGAACUGAUGGCCUGCGUGAAAUCAUUGAUGAGAUUGAACAAUUGCUUACCCGACCGGGUGAACCACAGAAUCGAGGCAUGCCCGGUCCCUUUGGUCCUCUAAGCCCCUUCGGAUUCCCACGAGGACAAGGGGCAGGCGGGUUAGAUGGCCAUCACCUCCAUCUGCAGCCGGCGGGUUUGCAAGAUCUCUUCUCCCUCAUAUUGCAAUCAAUGCAGCCGGAUGGGCUUCAUGGUCCGGACACUGACGAUAGACGAAGGGGAGGCAAUGUCCCGUUACCUUUCGACCUUGUCCAUCAAAUGCUCAACCCUGCCAAUGCUCGAGCUGGUGACAUCGCGCACAGUCAAGAAGCCUUUGAUCGAAUCAUGUCAGAUCUCAUGGACCUCCACGAUCUCAGUCCUAACGCGCCUCCGCCGGCGUCAGAGGAGGCCAUCCUAUCUCUCAGCAAGAAGAAGAUGGAUAGGGAAAUGCUAGGCGAAGAAGGGAAGGCCGAGUGUUCGAUAUGCAUGGACAACGUUGAGUUGGGCAACGAGGUGACUGUCCUACCAUGCAAUCAUUGGUUUCACGGCGACUGCGUAACGGCGUGGCUGAAAGAGCACGAUACUUGCCCUCAUUGUCGGAAACCCAUAACUGAUCCUGAGGAUCAUCAGCGGCCGGGACCGUCAAGACGGAGAACCAGCCGGAGAGCAUCUUCAGGAUUAAGUCCACGUGCCUUUGGCACGGAUGGCGGCCGCCCCAAUUUGGCAGAAAGAACGCGUGAGAUGCAAGAAAUCAGUGACUACCUCUCUCGAAGGCAACGAGAUAACGACUUGGAACACGCUGAAGCCCACCGACAUUCGAGCAUUCAAAAUCAUGUACUGGGCCGGCCGUCCUCUCAGUUUCGCAAAGUCCAGGUCUUUGCAGUGGUCUCCUUCUGGUCACUCUAUCUUCUGAGAGGUGACAAACAUGGACCUCCGCUCAUUCGAUCCAUCUCCCAACGCCUCUCAAAGCGGUUCACCGUCUGGCAAUCGGUUGUUCUGACUUUCCUCUGGCUCUACAUCUGCCGAAACUUUGCGAAGAUCGUUGGCCUCGAGUCCCCAGAACCCCUCGCAAAUCUGUAUAACAGUUCAUACUUCCGGGCGACAUGGAUCACCACUGCCUUGGACGCUGGCUUUUGGAGCGCCAUGAGAAUUAAAAACAAGACCAUCAGGGAUCUAUGUUCAAUCAUAUUCUCCGUGUACUAUCUUUUUUCGGCGGAGCAAGCGGAUGAGAAGGUUCGCAAAGUUCGUGCUGUCCUCACGGUCGACCAUUUACGAGUCGCAUGGAAUAAACCAAACACACCUUACUUGAAGUUCUUCACAGCGCUAUUACGCCCUCGGUUCACGAAGUACAAGCCACGCCGGAUCCGAAUCCCUCGCCCAAAGCAAUCGCAUUACAAGGAACCCGUUGUUGCGUGGAUGUAUUUCGAUGGCUCUCUCGCUGAGUUGGAGAAGCAGGGGAAUGUAGUCCUAGACAUCCCGGGCGGAGGAUUCGUUGCCAUGGACCCGAGAACAAGUGACGACAAAUUGCUUGCAUUGGCCGGGAGAACAGGACUGCCAAUUCUGAGUCUGGACUAUCGCAAGGCACCCGAACACCCUUACCCGUAUGCGCUGAACGAGUGCUUCGAUGUCUACACCCAGAUUGUGGAAACUCGAGGUCGUUGUAUUGGCAUGAAACCGGACACAUGUCCAAGGAUUGUAAUCACAGGCGACAGCGCCGGUGGGAAUCUGGCGUGUGGUACGACUUUGAUGGUCAUUCAAUCGAACCAGAGCGGCGCUUCUCGAGGAAUCCUACCCUCGCCUGCUGGGCUGGUUCUCCUCUACCCGGCUCUAGACUUCAACAUUGGCAGCUGGAUGACAGACGACCAAAUGGCGCUGAUUCGCAACCCGCGCACCGCGAAGAAAUACGAGCUGUUUAUCAAGCGCAAGAGCGAGGAUAUCGAUCGCCGAUAUACUCCGACAACACCAAGGCCCGUGAGCGACGAUGAAGACGACCCUGGUCAUGAUUUCUUCGCACCUAGAGUAGAAAACCCUGCCCAGGGGGAGGAGCUCCUUGACCGGAAGAGUACCGACGUGGAAGCACAGAAACAGGCAGUCGCCCUUUCAAAACCUCAGCCACUCAAGACAAGAUUAGCCGUCUCCAGCAUCAUCUCCUACUUCGGUGACCGGAUCCUCACUCCAGAGAUGAUGCGUGCAAUGAUCAUCCUCUACGUCGGGCCCUAUCAUCGCCCUGACUUCACAACCGAUCAUUUGCUUUGUCCUGCUGUUGCCUCUGAAGGUCUCCUAGCGAAGUUCCCAAAAACAUACUUCCUGACUGGCGAACGCGACCCGCUGGUUGACGACACCGUCAUUUUCGCUGGCCGCCUACGCCAAGCGAAACUUCACCUCUUCCGCGAGCGACAAGAGGCCGGCCUUGAGAAAUCCACGGCUGAAUUCAAUGAAAAGGACCAUGUCGAAGUGACGCUCAUUCCGGGAAUCUCUCACGGAUUCGUCUCCUUUGUGAGUAUUUUCCCGGAAGGUUGGAAACACAUCUUCCGCUGCGGCAAGUGGAUCCAGGAGAUUUUCGCAAGGCCACCACAUCAGUUCGAAGGCCCGGCAAUCGAAAGUAGGUUGAGAAAGGGCACAUUCACGCACGACUCGGGCAGCUCGCUUGAGCUAGCCACAACAACUCAAACAAUGCAUCAUAAAAGGACGCCUACGGGAGAGAGCAUGGAUGAAGACGCACCGUUGGUAAUGUCGAGCCUUGCCCCCAGCAAGGAAGCAAUGGCGAGACAAGACGGAGCCAUCAAGGAAGACAGCAAACGGGGGAGACUAGAAGAGAAGCAAAAGGGCCCAGACAGUCUAGGACGGAGUAAGAGUCUCGUCAGUCUCGGCAGCGAAGAGGACCUGCUGAAGCGGAGGAUGAAGGGACUGACCAAGGGAUUAUUGGGGUCUCACGGUUCUUGA